AUGGAGUCUACACGCAGAUUUGGGAAAUAUAGGGUGGAGCGGGAAGUGCUGGAUGAGGAGAGACUGGAAGAGGUAACACAGAGAAAAACAUACUCCGACACCCAUCCGUCUCUAACUGAACGGCUGAAAGAUUCCUUAAGAUGUACAGUACCCAGACUGAAGCAAAGUGUGAUGAGCAGCUUGCCUGUGUUAUACUGGCUGCCCAAGUACCCAGUCUGGGACUAUGGCAUGCCAGACCUUGUCGCCGGCAUCAGUGUGGGCAUUAUGCACCUGCCACAAGGUAUGGCGUAUGCCUUGUUGGCCUCCUUACCGCCUGUAUUCGGGCUCUACACAUCUCUCUAUCCAGCAUUGAUCUACUUCUUUUUUGGAACAUCACGCCAUAUCUCAAUCGGUACAUUUACUAUUCUCAGCAUUAUGGUGGGUAGUGUGACAGAGAGAGUUGCUCCAGAUGGGGAUUUCCUCAAAUCAAAUGGGACCAACAUCACUGCAGAGGUGGACAUUACUGCUCGGGACUUAUACAGAGUGCAGGUGGCGGCUGCUACUACUGUCCUAGGAGGACUUAUUCAGGUGGUACUGGGUUUGGUAAAAUUUGGAUUUGUGGGAACGUACUUGUCUGAACCUGUGGUGCGGGCUUACACAUCAGCGGCUGCAGCCCAUGCAGUGGUGGCACAACUGAAGUACAUCUUUGGAGUUUCACCAACACGCUAUAAUGGUCCCUUGACGCUGGUGUAUACUCUGAAGGAUGUUUGCUCCUUGCUGCCACAGACUCAUCUUCCCACACUGGUGGUCAGUGCUGUGUCCAUGGCGUUUCUAAUUGCAGCCAAGGAGGUCAACUCUUUUCUCAGUCCAAAGCUGCCAGUGCCCAUCCCAGUGGAGCUCAUCACAAUUGUGGCAGGAACAUUGAUAUCAUCCUAUGCCAACUUGAACAGCAACUACACUAUUUCAGUUGUUGGAAAAAUUCCCAGUGGUCUAAUUCCUCCCAGUGUACCAGAUGUGAAUCUUUUUCAAAAGGUUAUUGGUGAUGCUUUUGCGCUGGCCAUUGUUGGAUAUGCCAUAUCUAUUUCCCUUGGAAAAACAUUUGCACUGAAACAUGGAUACAAGGUGGACAGUAACCAGGAGCUUGUGGCUCUGGGUCUCAGUAAUACAGUGGGGGGCUUCUUCCAGUGCUACUCUGUCGGCCCCUCCAUGUCUCGAAGUCUCAUCCAAGAGACCACUGGAGGAAAAACACAAAUGGCGGGAGUGGCCUCAGCUCUAAUUGUGCUGGUGACUAUACUGAAACUUGGACCCCUGUUCCAGGAUCUGCCAAAGGCUAUCCUUGCAUCGAUUGUCUUUGUAAAUCUGAGGGGCAUGUUCAAGCAGUACUCUGACAUCGUUACACUGUGGAAAAGCAGCAAGAUUGAUCUGGUGGUGUGGUUGGUCACCUGGGUGUCAUCGCUGCUGCUCAAUCUGGAUCUGGGUCUUGCAGCAUCAAUCACCUUUGCUCUGCUUACUGUUAUCUUCAGAACUCAACUCCCAACAUACUCUGUACUGGGAAAUGUUCCAGGUACAGAACUGUACGUGGAUAUAGACACCCACAGAGAGGCGAAAGAGAUUCCAGGUGUUACUAUAUUUCGCUCCUCUGCUACAGUAUAUUUCGCAAAUGCUGAUCUCUACCUUGAGGCUCUAAAAGAAAAGAGUGGGCUUGACAUCAGUAAAAUGAUUAUCUAUAAGAAGAGGCAGGAGGCCAAACAGAAACGUAGACAAAAGAGGGCUGAGAGACGGGUAAAAAGGCAAGCCAAGAGAGAGAGACGGGCACAGAAGGCAGCUAAACAGGACACAUGCAUGGACGAGGAUGUUACGGACAAGGAGGAGCAGGGCUGCACUGAGAGGGAGAAUGGGACGGUGUUUGUCAUCCCAACCACUACAACAACACCAACACCAGACAGCCACUGUAGGUGGGAGUACCUGAAAGGAGGCGAUCCAGACUGCACCAGCUUAGGGUGCAUGUCUGACCUGCAGGACGGAGACACCACCACUCUGGGCUCCAGCAGUGAAGACACGCUGAGUCGUGACCUGGAACGGGUCUCUCUCGGGUCACUAGGCAAGUGGAGCUGGGACAUUCACUCCAUCAUUAUUGACCUCUCCACAGCCAACUUCAUUGACACGGUGGCUAUCAAGACUAUGAAAAAUAUUUUCCAGGACUUCAGUGAGAUUGACGUAGAUAUCUACAUGGCUGGCUGUCAAGCGUCUGUGGUGGAACAAUUAGAGCUUGGUGGCUUCUUCUCUGAGUCGAUAACAAAGAGACGUCUUUUUGCCUCCGUUCAUGAUGCUGUGCUCUACUGUUUGGACCAUCGUGGAGCGACAUCAAUCCCCAUAUACGAGCCCUCAGUGGACACAAAACUUUAAGGACUUCAACCAAAGAGAACAUCCAGCACUUAGGAUGAUCUUCGCAUCUACUG